CCAAGUCCAAUUCCAAUCUCUCUCACACACACAUUGUCGCCUGCCUUCCCUUCCUUCCCCAGUUGAGUUCCCCCCGCGGCCCCGCCCCCGGUCCCCUUCCACCGACCCACCAUGUCGGCGAUGAGGUGAGGUUGAGGCCAGGUCUACUCUCCGCGACCGUCGCCGACGCCAUCGCCAACGAGCAGUUUGCUCCAUCUUCGCCAUCUCGCACACGAAUACAAUACACUAGUUUUGGUAGAGAUGGAGGACGGCGGCAAGGCGCCGGCCGGCCUGGGCACCCUGCGCGCGGUGCUCGCCAUCCUCCAGUGGUGGGGCUUCAACGUCACCGUCAUCAUCAUGAACAAGUGGAUCUUCCAGAAACUGGAUUUCAAGUUCCCUCUCACCGUGUCCUGCGUCCACUUCAUCUGCUCUUCCAUUGGAGCUUACAUUGCAAUCCAUGUCCUCAAGGCGAAACCCCUGAUUCAAGUUGAACCGGAGGACCGCUGGAAAAGGAUAUUUCCAAUGUCCUUCGUCUUCUGCAUAAACAUUGUGCUGGGAAAUGUCAGCUUGCGCUACAUCCCAGUCUCCUUCAUGCAGACAAUCAAAUCUUUCACUCCUGCAACCACAGUUAUUCUGCAGUGGCUAGUCUGGAGCAAGCAUUUCGAGUGGCGCAUAUGGGCUUCGCUGGUCCCUAUAGUUGGCGGAAUACUCCUGACUUCGGUGACAGAGCUUAGCUUCAACAUUUUCGGUUUCUGUGCUGCCAUGGUUGGCUGCCUGGCUACGUCUACAAAGACCAUCUUGGCAGAGUCCCUACUCCAUGGAUACAAGUUUGACAGCAUUAACACGGUGUACUACAUGGCACCCUUUGCCACCAUGAUACUGGCUCUACCAGCGAUGGUGCUUGAAGGAGGAGGUGUAAUGAACUGGUUCUACACACAUGAUUCCAUCGUUCCUGCGCUGACUAUCAUCCUAGGUUCGGGGGUGCUUGCGUUCUGCCUUAACUUCUCCAUCUUCUACGUCAUCCAUUCAACAACAGCAGUGACGUUCAACGUUGCAGGCAACCUUAAAGUCGCGGUGGCAGUGUUAGUGUCGUGGUCGAUCUUCCGGAAUCCAAUCUCUGCAAUGAAUGCAAUCGGGUGUGGAAUCACCCUGGUUGGUUGCACUUUCUAUGGCUACGUGAGGCAUCUGAUCUCGCAGCGGCAGGCUGCAGCCCCAGGGAGUCUAGGAACAGCGCAAGCAAGGAAUCAGACGGAGAUGAUUCCCCUUGUUGUGGACGAGAAGCAAGAAAAGGUUUAGCAAUGGUGCUAGGCCUUCUCUUCACUUGUUGAAGAGAGAAUUAUAUAUGUACUCGUGCGUGCGUGUGUGGUGAGGGUAGUAAACUGGAACUUCGUACAAGCAUCGUUUCCUCCUUCCAUUUGUGACACUAUUCGCCAGCAUCAGAAUGUGAAAUUGAAUUAAGCGCA